AUGAAGUUUGGAACGACACUCCGCAAGAGCGUGUAUGCGCCAUGGAAGGACAAGUACAUCGACUACGAUAAGCUUAAGAAGCUGCUCAAGGACAACGAAGACGACGACUCCUGGACAGCCGACGACGAGAGCGCGUUUGUCGACGAGCUUGCAAACGUCCAGCUCGAAAAGGUGCACAACUUCAUCACCGACAUCUCGCAGAAGCUACGCGACCGGACCUCGGCGUGCGAGAAGAAGCUUGAACCAUUGGCCAUAGGGAUUCAGGAUGACAAGGAGAACAAGGACAGCCAGCCUGAAGGCGCGUCGGCCGACGCCGGCGAUGCGACGAGGAAGCCCGAGCCUAGCCAGCAGGAACGGGAGAAGCUUUUGAAGGAGGUGUUGAGCGAACUGGACAACAUCACAAAGGAGACCAAGGAGCUCGAGGCCUUUAGUAGAAUCAACUUCACCGCCGUCAUUAAGGCGACCAAGAAGCACGACAAGAUCCGCGGCACCUCAUACCGCCUGCGUCCCUUCAUCGACGCCCGCAUUGCCAGCCACCCGCUGCACACGGAAGAUGCCUCGCCACUGCUAUACAGACUGUCUGCGCUGUACUCAUUUGUGCGACAGAGCUUGGAGGGCAAAUCUAAGGAGGCCUUGUCAUUUGACGAGAGCAACGCCGUGGGCGAGGACUUCACGUCCUACAAGUUCUGGGUCCACAUGGACAACCUCUUCGAAGUCAAGACCGUCAUCCUCCGCCGUCUUCCCGUCCUCGUAUACAACCCUCAGACGUCUAAGGUCGCCGAGGGCACCCAGCGUGACCCAACAAUCACCUCCAUCUACUUCGACAAUCCCAACUUUUCGCUGUACACGGACAAGGUUAAUGGCAAGCCCGAUGCGGCUUCACUACGUCUAAGGUGGUACGGGCAUCUCAAUGAGAAGCCCGAGAUAGUAUUCGAGAAGAAGGUCAUCAAGGAGGGUGAUGCGGCCGAGGAGGUCCGCUUCCCAAUCAAGGCCAAAUACGUUCAGUCUUUCCUCGAGGACCACUACCACAUGGAGAAGAGCAUCGAGAAGAUGGAGUACCGGCCGAACAAGGACCAGAAGAAGCUUGACAACUUCAAGAAGGCUGUUACAGACAUCCAGGGCUUCAUCAAGGAGCAGAAGCUACAGCCCAUGGUCCGCGCCAACUACACCCGCACCGCUUUCCAGAUCCCCGGCGACGACCGCGUUCGCAUCUCUCUAGACACCAACCUCGCCCUCAUCCGCGAAGAUGCGCUAGAUCUCGACAGGCCAUGCCGCGACCCGGAUGACUGGCACAGGCGAGACAUCGACAACGCUCAGAUGGAAUUCCCAUUCAAGGCAAUCAAGAAGGGCGAAAUCCACAAGUUCCCAUACGCGCUACUUGAAAUUAAAGUCAAGGGCAUGAAGAAGUAUGAGUGGAUUGAGGACCUGAUGCACUCGCAUCUUGUCAAGGAAUCGCCGCGCUUCUCCAAGUUCGUCCACGGUGUCGCGAAGCUCUUCGAAGAUAACGUCAACACUUUCCCCUUCUGGCAUCAGCGAGGUGGACAACGACAUUAG